AUGGUGAACUUCGGCGAUGGCGCGGCGAACAAUGGCUUCGGCCGUCGUUCUCUCCACCAAUGGGAGGGGAGGCUGCUGCAUGCGGCGGCUUACCCCGCGCCGCCGGACUUCCGCGCGCCUGAAGGCGGCGCCCUCGUCAUCCGCGAGGGAGGGCGCCGGUCGUUGUCUCCUUCGCGCGACCGCAAGAGGAAGACGUCCAAGAAGGACACCGCAGCAGCCGCCGCCGCGUCCCAGCUCGCCGAAGAGGAGGCCAAGCGGGCCGAGGAUGCCGCGGUGGCCGAGGCGAUCACAAGGUCGCUGUCCGACCUUGUCCCCGCCGACAACGCCCUCCCAAUGGACGCCGCGCUCGCAUGGUCCAGGCGUAACUGGGAGAGGCGGGAGGCGGAGCAGCAGAGGCGGCUGCUCGACCUGGCGGCCGCAUGGCGACGCGCCGCCCUAGCCACACCAGCCGCACCGACCGCACGCGUCGCCCCUGUGCCGCUCAUCAAGCUCGAGGAGAGCAGCGACGACGAGCUCUAUCGGCCGACGCCGCCACACGGUGACCCUGGCCAGGGUUCAAGCCAUUGGUACGGAGACGCCGGCCAGAGCAGCCAGCAGUUAUUUGCCGUCUUUUUAAAUCCAGAUUAUGUGCAUGGUGCAAUAAUUCCAAUUCUGUUUUACUGUCUUCAGGUUGAAAGUGAAUUGCCAGGGAAGAUUGAAAGACUUGUAAGGUGUGAGGCAUCAGCUUAUCAGAAACUUCUGAUUACAAGGGUGGAGGACAACCUUGGUGGAAUUGGAGCAGUUAAGGUCCGCUCGGUGCACAACUCUGUCAUGGAAAUGAGGAACAUAUGCAACCAUCCAUACCUUAGCCAGCUUCAUGUUGAGGAGAUUGAGGGUUAUCUGCCUAGGCACUACUUGCCAUCUAUUGUGAGGCUGUGUGGAAAACUUGAGAUGCUGGACAGAUUGCUACCCAAACUCAAGGCUACUGGCCAUAGGGUUCUACUCUUUUCUACAAUGACAAGAUUGCUAGAUGUAAUGGAGGAUUAUCUGGUAUGGAAAAAGUACAAGUACCUUCGAUUAGAUGGACACACAUCUGGGCAUGAAAGGGGAGCUCUUAUUGAUAAAUUUAAUGAUCCUAAUUCUCCAGCUUUCAUUUUUCUACUAAGUAUCCGAGCAGGAGGUGUUGGUGUCAAUCUCCAAGCAGCUGAUACCGUCAUCAUAUUUGACACUGAUUGGAAUCCUCAGGUUGACCUGCAAGCACAGGCUAGAGCCCACAGAAUUGGUCAAAAGAAGGAGGUUCUUGUCUUACGUUUAGAAACAGUACGAACUGUAGAAGAGCAAGUCAGGGCUUCAGCAGAACAUAAAUUAGGUGUUGCUAAUCAGAGUAUAACUGCUGGAUUUUUUGACAACAAUACAAGUGCUGAAGAUCGGAAGGAGUAUCUCGAGUCACUCCUACGUGAGUGUAAAAAGGAAGAAUCAGCUCCAGUGUUAGAUGAUGAUGCUCUAAAUAAUAUUCUUGCCCGCAGCGAAGACGAGAUUGACAUAUUUGAAGCUAUUGACAAGCAAAGACUAGAUGAAGAAACGGCGGUAUGGCUAAAGGUUGUUCAAGAUGGUUCAGUUAGUGGACUAGACCCCUCAGUAAUGCCCUCCCGUCUUGUGUCGGAUGAUGAUCUCAAGUCCUUCUGCCAUGCUAUGAAGAUCUACGAGUCGUCAAACGUGAAAAGUGUGAAGGUAAAUGUGAGGAGGAAGGGCGAGCUUGGUGGGCUUGAUACAAAGCAUUAUGGAAGGGGAAAACGUGCUCGUGAGGUCCGAUCUUAUGAGGAUCAAUGGACUGAAGAAGAAUUUGAGAAACUUUGUCAGGCUGAAACUCCUGAUUCGCCUCAACCUGGCAAUGUAUUGAAGGAUUUAGAUAUCUCUAAAGUGAGUAAGUUGGAAGUACCUGCAGAAAGUUCAAUAGAUCCAGUCGAAGCCAAAAUAGAUCCAGUCGAAGCCAAAAUAGAUCCAGUCGAAGCCAAAAUAGAUCCAGUUGAAGCCAAAAUGGACCCAGUCCCAGCUGUUCCAGACUCUUCACCAGCUAAGCGCCGAAGAGGUAGACCUAAAAGGUCAGACGUUUCAGUAUCUCCUGUUACGUCCCCAGCAAAGGCUGUCCGACAAGAGGCAGGAUCUACAUUCAGCAGUUCCGCACCAGCAAGUACCAUUGAUUCUUCAGCACCAACUGCUACCAUCAAUUCUUCUGGCCCAGAUGUUACCAUCCAUUCUGCUCAACCAGUCAGUGCUAUCCGACAAGAGAUUGGUACGGAAUUUCAGGGUACUGCUUUUGUUUCUGCUGUCCCAACUGCUACCAUGAAACCCGAGAUUGGUACUGAAGUUAAGGACUGUGUUGUUUUGGAAGGGUCUAUAGCAAGGGCGGCUGCUACAUCUGUAGAGAGUGGUCACGACAUGGUAGCUGCUAGCGUAUCAUCUCAUCCACCAGCUCCUCCUGCAUCAAGAGGCAGAAAGACACAAGCAGGUGAAAUCCCUCGCAGAAGAGGCCGAAGACCGAAAUCUCUCACCUCAUCUAGUGCUGUUGAUGUUAGUGCAAUCCCUGUGGUUGCAAUUAGUAGUGGAGCUAGUUCUGUUGAUUCUCCAUACCCUCAAGGAGCUAUGUCCUCAGCACAUGCAAGUGGUGUAUCAAGUUUUCAGAAGGAUAUGGUCACAGAUAGGCCUGUUACAUUGUUGCCACAAGGAGUUAAGGGCAUCGCCACCCCUGAAGGUAUCCCACGUGCUGCGGAAGAUAUACACGCUGCAAUUGCGGUGACUUCAGAAAAUGCAAGCUCACUGCCGCCAAAGAUCGUUCACAAUGAAAAUAUUGGAUCUGUUCAAGCAAGCUCUGAGCAAGUUCCUUCUGCAUCACUUAAUAUGCCUGUGGUUUCAGCUGGAAUAUUGAAAGCAUCACAUGUUCUGUUAGCGGAUAAGCCUGCUGAGAAGCAAGGUGCUUCACGUCGUCGCAGAAAGAAAGAGUCUGGAAGUGAGGAUACUGGAGUAAGCACUCGGCAAAGAUCAGCUAUGAAGAAAUCUUAUGGUACUCCUGGUGCCACUCCCAAUGUUGGUGCUGACAUUAGCACAGCUGACGAGCUAAGAAUAGUGAAGGGAAGAGAUGGCAGUUCACUUCAAGACACUUCCAAGGAAUUACUAGAUAUGAACUCUUCUCCAUAUGACAAGUCUGGAUACGACUCUCAACCAAGAACACCUAUAGCAGUUCCCAUUAGUGAAGCUACACUUCCUGGUGGUUUUGAUGAUGCCCAUAUUGAACAUUCUGAUAUAAAUCCUAGGAUAUCCACCAAUUCUAAUGUCCAAGAUAAACCAGUAAAGCUACCUUUAGGAGCACAUCCCGCCGUAGCCGCACAAGCUCAAGUGCCAUGUAAAACAGGAAACGACCAUGUUGCAGCGUAUUCUGAGGUCACUACUAUUCAUUCUGGAACGGUGACUGACAAAUCAUUGCUAAAUCCUGUUAGUGAAUCCUCAAAUGUUCAAUUUGAACCACCUGAUUCUUCACUUCAUUCAGUUAAGGGCGUCAAUGCAGUGCCUUUAGACGUUUCUAGUGUUGCUCCUAAUAAGGCACCGGGCAGGAGGAGGAAAGGGUCUGCCUGCGAACCACGCACCAGAAGUAAAUCUGCAACAGCUGCAUGUGAACGGCGUGCUCGACUAGCUGGAUCAAAGCAGACAGGCGAUGCGAAAAAUUUAGAAAUAUUGGCAAACCCAAGCACAACGGUUUCUGUUUCUUCAGUUGAGCAACAGGGAACAGCCCCAGCAGAGCUUCUCAUCUCUUCUGUCUGUCAAGAACAGAAGAAGGGUGCUUCUGUCGAUGUGACUAGUUGUAAGCAAGAUACUAUGAUAGUUGAAGCACUGCAGACUGAUGAUAUUUCUGGAGGCUCUGCUAGUCACCUGCAUGCUGCUUUACAAGGGAGUUCAGAGAACAGUUGCUCACAAAAUCUGUUGGCAUCUGGGAACAAAACAGAGGAAAUGGAAGGAACUCUGGAUAAGAAUCAGGAGAAAAAAGAUCACCCAGAAACAGAAAAGAAAGACUCUACUAUGUUGAUGUUAGCAGACCGCCAAACCCCUUUUGAUGCCUCAGAUAAGGAUACUAAGGACACUCUUGCUCCCACAGAAGCUGAUGCCAGUGAUCUGCAUAGUGACGUUGCUUCUGUUGGUGUGACUAGUCCUAAGCAAAACAGUACGAUAGUUGAAACGUUGCAAACUGAGAAUAUUUCUGGACGCUCUGCUAGUCAUCUGCCUGUUUUACAAUCAGCAGACUCAAAUCAGGCUGCAGGCCAAAAGGGGAGUUCAGAAAACAGUGGCUCUAAAACAGUGGCUCAGACAAAUGAUGAUACGGACAGUACACCUGCAGGAAGAUGUUCUCCUUCAGAAGACAAAAAAGAGGACUGUUGUGCCCAUGUAGUUGAUGGUGGUGACUUGGUAAGCAAACACAUUCCUGCUGAAGCUCUCAAUGCUUUGUUAACCCAUUCGAGUAAAGAUGCCAGUGUGGUAGAAGUUAUGUCUAUCAAUGAUGCCACCUCUGCUUGUGAAGUAAAGAAGGAUCCUGAGAGUCAUCUAUCAGUGCCAGUACCGGUCUCUGCUGCUACGAAUACUGGUGAUGACAGUAAGGAAGCUCACAGUGUUCCAUUCACCCAUUCUGAUGGAGAGGCCAGCAUGGUAGAAGAGUAUGCUGGGCCUAAGAUUGAGUGCACCAUACAAAUGCCGAGUCCCGAUGAGAAGAGUACCGAGGUUCAUAGUUUGGUGCAAGUGGAGAUGGUAUCAGCUGCAGAACAAGCAUCUACUAAAGAUGAUAAAGAACAAAAGCCGGUUGAUGUUACAGUUUUGUCUGGUGGGGAACAAGAAAUACUGCAAGUUAAUGCUGAUAAUAGCAUUGAUGAGGGUGCAAAGGACCAUUGCCCUGAAACUUGUUUGGCAGGCAGCCAAUCUCUAUGUGAAGUCUCAGAUAAGGACGUUGUCCAAACUAAAGAUGAUCGCACUGAUAUGCAGACUGAAGGUAACAUUGCUGGUAUGAACGCUGCUAACCAAGACACUGCUGAAACCAAAGCUACUAGUGACUUGCCCGCUGCUUUACAACCAGCUGGCUCAAAUCUGCCAGCAGAACAAGAUGGAUUAGAGAAUAGUGCCUCUAUAGCUGCUUCUCCAAAUGAACAUGAGAAAUUGGAAGAAACUUCAAGUGAAACUGGUGGUGGCAAUUUGAGCUGUAGUCGGGCUGACGAUGACUCUCAUGCUGUGAAUUUAGUUGGAUAUUCUCCUUCAGAAGGCUCGGAUGAGGAUUCUGCCAAGGUAGCUGAAGCUGGUGACUUAGAGGGAAGUAAAGAAACUACUCUUGAUGUUGUCUCUGCUAUUGCUGGAGGAGCAGAACCCAGUGGUGGUUCUUCAAUUUCUCGAGGAGCAGAAUCAGAGCCUGUUUGUGAAACUCCUGUUCAUGUGCAAGAAGGUAUUUCAGAAGCUGCUGAUCCGGAGGAUGGUAGCACAAUGGACCAAGGUAGCGUCCAAGUAUCUACAGCAGAACCAGAAGCAAAGAAAGAUGACGAUGCACCUACUCAGAAGGAAAACGUCGGGUUGGCUGCCAUAGAGUCAGAGGCUGUGGAGCAUGCUGGUACAGAACCUGAUCUAAAUAAAGAAGCAUCUAUGCCUCCUCAAAAGGAAACCCUGAUUACAGGAGCAGAACUGAAUGAAGAAGCAAAUACAUCUGCUCUAGACGAAAAGACUGUCGAACCAGUUGCCACAGUGCCAGAUCAUUUGGAGCAUGCUAGUACUGAACAGCCUGGAGAAGAUUUAAAGGUGCUGAACACUCAACCAGCUCCUGGUGGCGAAACUUCAAAUCUUGGACAAGCCAAUACUGAACAGCUGUUGCAAACUUCAUCGGGUGAGGAUAUGGCAAUUACAGGAGCUAAAACUGAACAUGCAUGUGGAACUUCAGAUCAAAAGGAAGCUGAUGUGGCAGCUGAUGAGUCUCCUGCUGUCGCGGGAGAGGAGGUGCUGAACACUGAAAUUGCCCCUGACGGUAAAACUCCCAAGGGUGGGAGAGUCUGAUGCCGCUCAAUUGCCACCUUCGCACUGCCAGCCUCCUAGCACUGACUUGUUCCCUAAUGUUGGAAGUGCUAAAAUGGAAGUAGCUGUUGUUCAGGAGUAACUGCCGUUCAGUGUAGGAACAGAUGCAUGUAAACCAGAUGGAACUGCGAGGGAAUCAACAAACAGCAAAGACAGAGCUUCGUUUGGAUCAUCUGUCUCUAGCCCCAGGUCUUGAUGAAAGUUAGAAGUAGGUUAUGCAAAUGUUGUAUGUAGAACAUAUUGAGAAAAAAACUGUUGUAUUCAGAGCACCUGUUGAUGCAUAAGUUAUAAUUGUCUAAUGCUUUCGCCAAAA